CUGUGUUUCAGACUGAAGCCGUUGGCUGCUACUGAACCGUUUGGCUCUUUUCUCUACUAGCGAGCAAACCUACAAUCUAGACCCAACUGUCCAUCCAGCUCAUUUCUAGGGGAUUUAUCAUCAUAUAUGCCCGUGUAUCCAAAACACAUCGGUCAUUGGGGAUUCCUAGCACCGGUUGGCCGUGUCUGAAGGCCGUUAUAACGCUUUUUUCGAGGUUUAAUUAGAGCUAGAAAACAACGGUGGUGGAGGAGGAGGAGAUUCCAUAUUAGGAGCACAGAGGAGAAGGCACCCCCCUUGAGUGAUUUGGAGCUUUAGGUUCUGAGCCCAUGGUACAAGGCCCCGACUGAACAUACGGUGGGGCAUACAGACUUACUACUGUGGCUAGGUGUGUGCGUGCUGACCUCAUGGUGUAACAGAAGUAAAGAUGAGCAUUAGCAGUGAUGAAGUCAACUUCCUGGUCUACAGAUACCUACAGGAGUCAGGGUUCUCCCACUCAGCGUUUACGUUUGGUAUAGAGAGUCACAUCAGCCAGUCCAACAUCAAUGGUGCUCUGGUUCCCCCUGCUGCCCUCAUCAGCAUCAUCCAGAAGGGCCUGCAGUACGUCGAGGCUGAAGUCAGCAUCAAUGAGGACGGCACAUUAUUUGACGGGCGGCCCAUUGAGUCUCUGUCCUUGAUUGACGCUGUGAUGCCGGACGUUGUUCAGACAAGGCAGCAGGCCUACCGGGACAAAAUGGCCCAGCAGCAGGCCGCUGCUUCAGCACCGACAUCGGCCACCGGAGGCAGCAUCGCCGGCAACGCCAAGAAUGGAGAGAACACUGCCAACGGGGAGGAGAACGGAGCCCAUGCCUUAGCUAGCCUAGACAACCACGCAGACCUGAUGGAGGUGGACGGAGAUGUGGAGAUCCCUCAGAACAAGGCCAUGGUCUUGAGAGGCCACGAGUCGGAGGUCUUCAUCUGUGCCUGGAACCCAGUCAGCGAUCUGCUGGCGUCGGGGUCGGGUGAUUCGACGGCUCGUAUCUGGAACCUGAGUGAAAACAGUACAAGCAGCUCCACACAGCUGGUCCUGAGGCACUGCAUACGAGAGGGCGGGCAGGACGUCCCUAGCAACAAAGACGUCACCUCGCUGGACUGGAAUAGCGAGGGCACGCUGUUAGCAACAGGCUCCUAUGACGGCUUUGCCAGAAUAUGGACGAAGGAUGGGAACCUGGCCAGUACUCUUGGCCAGCACAAAGGUCCCAUCUUUGCCCUUAAGUGGAACAAAAAAGGCAAUUUUAUCCUCAGUGCAGGAGUAGACAAGACAACAAUCAUAUGGGAUGCCCAUACAGGAGAAGCCAAACAACAGUUUCCCUUCCAUUCAGCUCCAGCACUAGACGUUGAUUGGCAGAGCAACAAUACGUUUGCCUCCUGUAGUACAGACAUGUGCAUCCACGUCUGCAAACUGGGACAGGACAGGCCCAUUAAGACAUUCCAGGGACACACAAAUGAAGUAAAUGCAAUCAAGUGGGAUCCCACAGGGAACCUGCUAGCCUCCUGCUCAGACGACAUGACGUUGAAGAUUUGGAGUAUGAAGCAGGACUCGUGUGUCCAUGACCUGCAGGCCCACAGUAAAGAAAUCUACACCAUCAAAUGGAGUCCCACCGGCCCUGGAACCAACAAUCCGAGUGCUAACCUCAUGCUAGCUAGUGCAUCGUUUGACUCCACAGUUCGUCUUUGGGACGUGGAGAGAGGGAUCUGCAUCCACACACUGACUAAACACCAGGAGCCCGUCUACAGCGUGGCGUUCAGCCCCGAUGGUCGGCAUCUGGCCAGUGGCUCCUUUGACAAAUGCGUGCACAUCUGGAAUACACAGACGGGCGCUUUAGUCCACAGUUACAGAGGGACGGGAGGAAUCUUUGAGGUUUGCUGGAAUGCAGCAGGGGACAAAGUGGGAGCCAGCGCAUCAGACGGAUCUGUGUGUGUACUAGACCUUCGGAAAUAGUGCCGCUGUUUGUUGGAAGCCAUGGACCGACCAUGAAUGUGUACAUAGCCAAAUGACUGUCCCUGCCUGCCCAGCGUACUGCUCUCGCUUACGACUACGGCCCCGCCCACCGACAGACAGGAAGCAGGAAACGGGAACAGGAAGCAAGCAAGCACUCGACACAGCAGGUCCAGACACGGGGGAGGAACGGAUGAACAGACAAACAGACAGACGGACGGAUGGAUACACGGGCAGAUGGAAGCGCCCCUCUCUAUCUGUGCAGACUCUUACAGAGAUGCACAAGGGACACAGAGAAAAAAAGACAAAAAAAACUGAUAGACAAAAAAAAAGUUACAGAUCCGUAUAUGUACCAAAAUUUGGAAGCUAUUUUGCUUUUUUGAUCUUUAAACCAUGCUCAUCGUCAUCAAAAUGAAAAACAAUGAAAAAAGUGUUGAUCUUUGUUACUAGUUGGAUCUCAUUGUGCAGACAUAUCAACUUCUCCACCAUAAGAUAGGAUGGCACUUAGUUUUUUUAAAUUUCAGAUCUCUUGUUUCAAUGUUUUUAUAUUUUUUAUCUUCGGGGUGGGCGGGGGAGGGGAGUGGGCGGGCUGGUCAGGUGAGAGUUUCAUUGAUUGGAGGAGAACAUGCAUAUAAACGCGCUCGGACAUGCACACCCAGCAGCUCUCAAGAACGGUGUCCUCGUCAUGAUUUCAAAACAAUGUGGCAAAUACAAAGGCUUUUUUUCUUCUUCUGUAUUUCAGUAGUGGUUUCCUGCAGUUGUGAGUUGGGUCAGACGGUUAACCCUUAAAAUGCAGUAGCUCAUAUGCUGUCUUCUCCAGAGGAUAAACCCUGGACUCCCCUUGUACAUCAACUUGGCCACGUGACACAGUGGAUGUACAUCUAGAUGCUUUAAAAACGGCUCCUCUGUGCACUAUUUGAUCUAGAUGUUUUACCCACAGUUCUUCUCUCUGGACCCGUCGGCCAAUAGCAGCUACUUGUGUGAUGGGGGGGGGGGCGUGGUUUCAAUUGGCAAGAAUCUGACCGCCACUUAUCUAAAUGUUGGAGGUUGUUCAGAGUUUAAUUAAUGCAACAGUUGUCAGGACCCAUCUCAGAUGACAUACUGGCCUCAGCCAGUAGGAUUCCAGCAGUUCUCUUUCUCUCUUUUUCUUUUCUUUUACUAAACUGAGUGUGCGCAUCACCCGGAAGACGACAAACAUUUAUCAUUGUCAUGCGCUCAAAGGCCUCGAAUCACCAAACGCACGAUGCCUUGAAGGGCGGCUGCAGUGUUGCUCCACGUUUAGUUGACGCAGAUGCUUAGUGGUCGAUGCUCUGGAGGCAGAAAAAAUCCCAGUAAAUAAAAAACAACUAAUAGGUAGAGUAAAAGAGGUCGACAUUGUCACCGACUUCCUGUGUUUUCUGGGAGCUUCCACGCAUUGCUCCAGGUGCAUUUGGUUCUUAAACGAGUGAAACCAAAUGCACACACACACGGGUUGUAGCUCCUUUUUGAUUCGCUGAAUCAUGACAGUUUAGAGUUCAAAUUUGAUUACUUGCUUCGUGACUGCCAGAAAUGUAGUUUCAGUUUAUGUGUUUGUUUUUUACACCAAACUGACUGAAAUGCCCGACCCCCGUGCAAUGCUCUCAACGCAUCAUUCGAGAUGUUUCUGAAAUCGCUCCCCCAUUCUCCACACUAAAUAGUUCACCCGUGAAAUCGACAUUAAGUCUUAGUCUUAACACUAAGACUUCUUUUCUAAUGUUGCAUCAUCAGUGUAGCGCCCCACGACCGUUUCGUACCCACAAUGCAACUCGCGAGACGUGGCCUGUCUCAAUCGGAUCCAACUAAACCUUGAAGCGGUGAAGAAAGGAGUCUGCUUUUGUUCUCUAACGCUUCUCCCUCUCUUCAUUCACUCUAGCUCGCGCGACCACUGCAUCUCUCGCGCUCGUUGAGCCAGGGAGGAGGAGUCGAGUUUGAAUGCCGUGUGUUUACAAACGGCAACCGAUGUAGUAUUAUUAUUUUAUUUUUUUUAAAGGCGUUUGCUGAAAAGUGAUUCAACGAGAACCACUUGGACGUGGUCCACCUCUCGCGUCCUGCUGGUGACGUCACGCGCCCGGGUCGACGAAGGGUCGAAUAUUUUUGUUUUGCCCCUGUUGAAUCUUACUGGCUGAUCCCUGGCACAAGGUUGCUAUUCAGAAUCGAGCUCAAAAGCAAAUCCAAACAUUAAAGCAAUAUCUGGACAUUUUAA